AUUCCCACACCAACAGUUUCUUGUGCAGAUCCGUUAUCCAAAAUUAAACCGCGAAAAAUUUUAAAGUUAAUUUUUAAAGUUUAAUUUUCUAUAAGAUUCUUUAAAAAAAAACUUAUUAAAAAUAAUGCCUGAAAUUAAAUCAUUAUCCUUCCCAACUGUGACCGGUGAAAAUGUACCACGUCACAAAAUGUUACAAUGGGUCAAUACAACUCUAUCAUCAAAAUAUACUAAAAUCGAAGAACUUUGUUCAGGAGUUGCAUAUUGUCAACUUAUGGAAAGAAUUUUUCCAAAUUGCAUUGGCAUGCGAAGAGUGAAGACACAGGCUAAGCUUGAACAUGAUUUCAUCUACAAUUUAAAGCUCUUCCAAGCUGCAUUCCUUAAAAUGAACUUUGAUAAGAACGUUCCUAUUGACAAAUUGGUGAAAGGUCGUUUCCAAGAUAAUUUUGAGUUUCUGCAAUGGUUCAAGAAAUUCUAUGACAUGCACUCGAAUGAUAAUAAAGAGAACUCCAAAGCGACCACCAACACUCUAGCCGUUGGGAAACCUAUUAGGAAGGCUAUAAGUGCAACAAAUCUCAAAGCUGAUUCUAGUCCAAUUGGUGGAAUUGGUGGUGGAUCGGCAAAGAAGACCACACCAACAUCGGCUCCUGGUGCCAGUUCGAUGAGAGCGAAAUCUUCAUCCACUAGCCAUUUAACACCGCGAUCAUCUCAACCCAGCAGGCCUAUUUCGCCAUCGAGUGUGGAAGUUCUUACAGAAACUUGCACUCAGCUGAAGGAACAGAUUGGGAUUGCGGAGAAUGACAAGAAUUACUAUUUCAAUAAAUUGCAAUUGAUUGAGAAUUUAUGCAUUGAAUGUGAUAGUAAAAAUGAAUAUCCCGAUUGGACUAAGAAAAUAUUGGGAAUUCUUUAUGAAAAAGAGGUGGAUGAUGCUGCUUCUGCAAACUAUUAGUUAAAUUACAGAAUAUACUUUUGUACAAAUUGUUAUUAUUUAUUGAUUUUGCUAUUAAUUUAUUUCUCAACUUUAUACAAUUUUUUUUCCAAUUUUAAUUUAAAAGCUAGUUUCAUAAAAAUUAUAUUAAUCUUUUUGUUACUAAACAUUCAAUGAUCUCUCUACCUCAAAAGAAAUAAAGUUGUUUCAUAUCUACUCUAGUUAA